UUUUUCAAUAUACUUUUAGUGAAAUGACUGUGAUUUAUGAAUCUGAUUCCAAUGCAGCUUCGAAUAUUAAAAUGAAAUGCAUAGUUAACAUGGAUAGUGGCCCAAUAGAAUGGGAUUCCCCUCAGGAAAAAUUAAAUAAAUACGUGCGUCCUUCGUAUCCACUUCCAAAAGAAAUCGUCUUAAAAAAUGCCGACAAUGAACAAAUACUCAAACCAUUUUUGUCACCUCAGUGGGAACAAUUUUCCAAUUCUGUGCACAAUUACAGUACAAUUUUUAAUGAAGUACAUCCUACUGGUGAUAAAAUGUUCAUUUCGGUAAAAUUAUUGAAUAAUACAGAAACUGUAUUGAAAGUUCAGUCACCACAUUCCGAAAUCAAUAUUAAAAUCGGCCACACAGGAAGUAAAAAUGCCGACUGUUUUAUUAACAGCACAAAUCGCAAGUGGGUACAUUUUUCCAUGUUCAGCAACGAAACUUUCUUUUUGGUUAGUGACAAACGCAUAUGUCGAGUUAACAAAAAUAUGGGAUUUUUUAACAAAUUUACAAUUUUGGAGGGAAACAAUGACUUAAACAUUUGGAAAUAUAAGACUUUAAACGUACACAAGUUUGAAAAUGAAGCAGUGGAAUUCAAAUUAACGUCACACGAUCCCCAAUGCAUUGCUCUGGCUGUUAGCAGUAAUGAGUCAUUGUACAUUAAUGACUCCGAUCAUCCAAUAAAUUUUAAGGAUCCAGAUGAAAUACGACAUUUACGUUAUUGCUCUGAUAGUGUUAACACUGACAGAAUAAUUAAAUUGAGGUCCAAAAAAAAUGUAGUUUUUUACAUUCUAAGUGCCUUUUAUUACAAUAAAAAUGAUAAACGAGUAUUGGAGUUAAACUCAUCAGAUCCAGAAGACGCCUAUAUACCGUGCACUAAUAUAGAAACCCAAGAAAGUGUAAAAAAAAAUCGGGGCAAAAUUUUUGAUGUUUAUAAAGAUAACUGUGGAAAUAUAAAUCCAAACGAAUAUUGUGAAGAUGAUUGUAUCGUAUGUUGUAAUACCACAUGUUACACUCAUUCAGUCACGUUGAACAGAGGAUACACCCGAACAAGGAAACCUAUUUCUUCACAAUUCAGUACAAAAUCACCAACGUCAACUUCUACAAAAGUACCUUACUACCAUACUAGUCAUAUUAGUAGUAGUAGCGAAGAUAAUCGUUAUACUACUACUAUCAGUAGUUCCAUCCAAGAUACUAAUUUUACACUACCUCCGAAUUACACAAGUCCAGUUAAAUCACAUGAAAAGAUAAGAAAAGAAUUCAUAAUUCCAGCAAUAUACAUAGUAAUAGGAAUUGUAGCUAGCUUCUCGAUCAAGUACUCCUUUCGGAAGUGUUAUAUAUAUUAUAAACAACAUAAAGACAAUAUUUUAGAUUCACCAUAUAGAGGACCUGAAGAAAUACAAUUAAAUGAAAUAAACCAGGAACAAACAGAUAUUUUAACACAUAUUUACGAAGAGAUUCCCGCUUUACAAAUAGAACCGCCACGUCCCCAAUUAGAGGAGGAUGAAGAUGGAUACUUGGUGCCCAAUAGUAUUAGACAUAAUUAUCAGUAUGAUUGUUUACGUCACAACUCAUAACUUAAUUUGUAUUAUUUAAACAAAUAAGAUUUUUUAGAUUGUAGAUCUCAUUUCGUAUCCGAAUUACAUUUCGUGUUGGAAAACAGAGUUGAUCGCCUAAAGAAAAACAUUAAACGCACACGAUAUUUCGUUAAGUAAUUCAGAGCUUUUUCCUACAUUUAAGAGGAAAACUCGCCAGAAAUAGCAAAUUUUGAUUCAAAAAGUUUUAACACAAUGCUUCCGGCAAGUUAAUGUACUACUUGGUCCUCUGCUGUUGGAAUCCUUAAAAGUUUUGGGUUCUGAAUUGAUCUUGAAGUUGUAAAUGAACAGACGCUGCCAUAUACAUUAUUCUAGUUGUUCUCGCGAAACUUUUCCGGAAAGUGCAAAGCGAUGAUUUGGUAAGCGCAUAUUUGUGAUGCAUUGUAAAUUUCUUAGGCGUCACCGCUUUACUUCAUAGAAGGGAAGAUUGUAAUGAAUGAGAAUAACAAUGUUACCGUAAGUUGGAUACUCUGUAUAUUUAAAUUGAACGAACUGUUCUGUGAAAUUUUAGAGGGUAAGUGGUAAAUUUUAAUCUGUUUACCUAUGGAAGUUUUGAUUCUAUUAUUAUGCAGUUUAUUACAUUAAUUUAAAUAAAUUAAUCACGUUAUA